CGCAGGUCCUCCGUGUCAACAUUACAGCGGUACCGCGGCUGCGGCUCGAUUCUCACUCCGGGGUUUGUUUUACUCCUCGUGUCUAGGCUUAUAUUUGUAUGUUUAUAAAUAUAUAUAUAAAAAACAACAACAACAAUAAAGACACGGUGCUGUUCCGGGGAGCAGGAGUGUGAGUGUGUGUAGGACCCGGAUGAAGGAUGGCGGGGGUGUUCGACAUCGACCUGGAGUCAGAGGACGUGAGCGAUGCAGAGGAUGAAGUGUGUAACUUCACGGUGGCGGAAACGGAGCCCAUUGAGACGGAGGAAGUGGAGCUCACCAGCGCCAGCGUGAACAGGGACAGCGAGCGAGUCGGACCCGACUGCUUUGAACUGCUUACUGUGCUCGGGAAAGGAGCUUACGGAAAGGUUUUUCAGGUUCGGAAAGUACAGGGAAGUCAGGCAGGGAAGAUAUUCGCCAUGAAAGUUCUGAAAAAAGCAAAAAUAGUGUGCAGUGCCAAGGAUACGGCACACACAAGGGCGGAGCGAGAGAUCCUGGAGACGGUGCGUCACCCCUUCAUCGUGGAACUGUGGUACGCCUUUCAGACCGGCGGAAAACUCUACCUCAUACUGGAGUGUCUGAGCGGUGGUGAGCUGUUCAUGCAGCUGGAGAAGGAGGGGAUCUUCAUGGAGGACACGGCCUGUUUUUAUCUGGCUGAGAUAACAUUAGCGCUUGGGCACCUGCAUUCCAACGGGAUCAUCUACCGAGACCUGAAACCUGAGAACAUCAUGCUCAAUCACGAAGGCCACAUUAAACUCACAGACUUUGGUUUGUGUAAAGAGUCCAUCCACGAUGGCAGCGUCACACACACCUUCUGUGGUACCAUCGAGUACAUGGCUCCAGAGAUUUUGAAUCGAUCAGGACACAACAAAGCGGUGGAUUGGUGGAGCCUCGGAGCGCUGAUGUUCGACAUGAUGACCGGCUCGCCUCCAUUCUCCGCCGAAAACAGAAAGAAGACCAUUGACAAAAUCCUGAAGUGUAAGCUGAACCUUCCUCCUUACCUCACGCCAGAUGCCAGAGAGCUCAUCAAAAAGUUAUUGAAGAAGAACCCGGCUCAGAGACUGGGGACUGGUAAAGCCGACUGCGCAGACAUACAGAAGCAGCCUUUCUUCCGCCAUAUUAACUGGGAUGAUUUGCUGAAUAAGCGCGUGGAGCCGCCCUACAGGCCAUCGCUGCACUCAGAUGAGGAUGUCAGUCAGUUUGACACUCGCUUUACCAGACAGACUCCAGUGGACAGUCCUGAUGACACAACGCUGAGUGACAGUGUCGAUCAUGCCUUUGCUGGCUUUACCUACGUUGCCCCGUCAGUAUUAGAGAGCCUGAAGGAGGGCUUCUCAGUAGAGCCGCGGUUACGCCCCAUCCGCAGACACAACAGCAGCCCCCGUACCCCCAUAAGCCCUCUCUCCGAGCCCUUUAAGAUCAGUAUCGAUGGAGAGGAGGAGCCUCCUGCUCAAGCCCCACGCCUCCCCGUUGAAAACGGUGCUUCCAAGCCAAUCAGGACGCCGGGACACAACAAGAAACAAAAGGGCCGCCGUGGUGGGAAAUGAAGCCGCCGGCAAUCAAUCAAUCAAUCAGUCAGAACUCUGCAGGACGAUAAAGUGUCUCUCUCUGUCUCUUUCUGUCUUUUUCUCUCAGCCCAAGCCAAAGCAUUAUGAGACACACAAAAAAAAAAAAACCCCUGAGAGAAAACAUCUGAAGCAUGUUGGUGUCGGUGGAAUAUGUGAAUAUUGACUGCAAUGUAUUUUUUGGAGAACCUUUGGAUCUUGUGAUCGCAUGAAGAUCGAAAGAGCUAAAUCCCCAAGAAAAGUCCCUAAAGAGAAAAAAAAAGAGGAAAACGAGAAAGAAAGAAAAACAACGACAAAGAGUCAACAAACCUUAUCCGAAGUUUAUUUUAUUUACAGGGGUAUACAAGAGAAUUAAUAUAUUAUUAAUAAGUUUUGAUUGACUGAGUGAUCGAGAUGUAUUAAAUGCAGUUAUUUACUGUUUUUGACUGGUU